AAAAUGACUGGAAAAGGAAAAGGUGGAAAGGGUCUUGGAAAAGGGGAUGCAAAACUUCGUAGAAAAAUUUUGCGAAAUAAUAUCCAAGGUAUUACAAAACCUGCAAUUCGUCGUUUAGCACGACGAGGUGGAGUAAAACGUAUCUCUGGUUUAAUUUAUGAAGAAACUCGUUGUGAACUUAAAGUCUUCGUUGAAAAUGAUAUUCGGGAUGCUAUUACAUAUACUGAACACGCAAAACGUAAAACAGUUACAGCCAUGGAUGUUGUUUAUGCAUUAAAACGAUCACGUCAACGUCAAUAUAAUCACUAA